CGGGUGUCAGCGGGUUGGUUGGGCUUGUGUUUACAGCUCGGCUGGAUGCUGAUGUUGUUGGGAAAGUGCAAUGUUGUGCCAACCGCCAUUGGAAUAAAUAUAACAGUGGGAAUACAGGUGAUUUUGCUCAUCAUCUCCCACCACUUCCUUCUCCUCCCGUCUUCCAUUCAUGAGCAGCGUGGCUGAGUUUAAACAGCGGCAGCCAUGGAUGACAAGGGCUCGGUGGGGAAGAUUAGCGUGUCCUCUGACUCAGUGUCCACUCUCAACAGUGAGGACUUUGUCCUCGUGUCCCGGCUGGGGGACGAGACACCCUCCUCCACUAAUAAUGGUAGUGAUGACGAAAAGACAGGACUGAAGGUGAUUUCUGAGGAAGGGGUCAGCUUUAAGAUUGUGGGGAAUGGAAGUGAGCAGCAGCUCCAGAGGGAGUUAGAGGAUGUCCUCAUGGACCCGUCGGUAGCUGACACUGGGCUCGGAUCAGAAGCGGGGAUGGACAGCCAGGGCGGGGGAGAUCACGGACAUCUGCCCACGACAGCAUCCCCUGUUCCUCCAGGGACGGACCCUCUGAGUGCACCAACACCGCCCAAGCUGGAGAUGGUGCUUCCUGUUCAGACAGCUCAGGAAAGUGAGCUGAAUGAGAGGUCGUACAGAGCGGAUGAAUCGUCAUCUGAGGGCAGUCCUUGCAGUCCCAUCCCAGAUGAAGACAGUGUCGUGUUCAGUCAGCUGACAUAUCUUGGGUGUGCCUCGGUCAACGCCCCACGCAGUGAGGUGGAGGCCCUCCGUAUGAUGAGCAUCCUCAGAGGGCAGUGCCAGCUACCCCUAGAUGUCACACUGUCUGUGCCAGGCGUGUCUGAAGGCACUGUCAGGUUGCUGGACCCUCAUGCCAAUACAGAGAUCGCCAACUACCCAAUUUACAAGAUUCUGUUUUGUGUGCGUGGCCAUGAUGGCACACCAGAGAGCGACUGCUUUGCCUUCACGGAGAGCCACUACAAUGCUGAGAUCUUCAGGAUCCAUGUGUUCCGCUGCCAAAUCCAAGAAGCGGUGAGUCGGAUACUGUACAGCUUUGCCACGGCGUUUCGGCGGUCAGCUAAGAAGGCAAUCCUGUCAUCUCAGCAGUCAGCUCCGCUCACACCCGACAGUGACUUGUUUACCUUCACUGUCAGCCUGGAAAUCAGAGAGGAUGAUGGGAAGGGAACUUUCAGUGCUGUAGCAAAGGACAAGGACAAGCAGAGCUUUAAGCUGCGUGCAGGAAUGGAUAAGAAAAUAGUCAUUUAUGUCCAACAGACCUCCAAUAAAGAACUGGCUAUUGAGAGGUGUUUCGGACUCCUGCUCAGCCCUGGGAAAAAUGUCAAGAACAGCGACAUGCACCUGCUAGACCUGGAGUCAAUGGGAAAGAGCUCCGACGGGAAGUCUUACAUCAUCACAGGAAGUUGGAACCCCAACACGCCUCAGUUCCAGGCUGUGAAUGAAGAAACACCCAAAGACAAGUUCAUGUACAUGACGACAGCUGUGGAUCUUGUGAUCACUGAGGUGGAAGAACCUGUGCGUUUUCUGCUUGAAACAAGGGUCAGGGUGUGCGCCCCAAACGACAGGCUCUUCUGGCCCUUCAGCAAACGCAACUACACAGAGACCUUCUACCUUAAACUACGACAGAUGGAGCGGAAGGAGCGGAAGAGUCCUGCAUCAGACACACUUUAUGAGGUGGUGAGUUUGGAGAGCGAGACUGAAAGAGAGAAAAGAAAGACCACGGCGAGUCCCGGCAUUCUGCCUACUGGCCCGGGUGGCAUGGUUCCUUCCCCACCAGAGGAUGAUGAAGAGGAAGAUAACGAUGAGCCGUUACUCAGCGGGUCAGGUGAUGUUUCCAAGGAGUGUGCAGAGAAGAUUCUGGAGACCUGGGGAGACUUGUUAUCUAAGUGGCAUACAAACUUAUCAGUGCGUCCACGGCAGCUGCCUGCAUUGGUGCGAAGUGGCAUCCCUGAGGCUCUGCGUGGGGAGGUGUGGCAGCUCCUGGCUGGCUGCCAUAACAAUGACCAUCAGGUAGAAGAGUACCGCACUCUGAUUACAAAGGAGUCCCCUCAGGACAGCGCCAUCACCAGGGACAUCAACAGGACAUUCCCAGCUCACGACUACUUCAAAGACACUGGAGGAGAUGGACAAGACUCUCUCUACAAGAUCUGCAAGGCCUACUCUGUUUACGACGAGGAGAUUGGCUACUGCCAGGGACAAUCCUUCCUGGCUGCUGUGCUGCUGCUGCACAUGCCUGAAGAGCAAGCUUUCAGUGUCCUUGUCAAGAUCAUGUUUGAUUAUGGCCUCAGGGACCUUUUCAAGCAGAACUUUGAAGAUCUGCACUGCAAGUUCUUCCAGCUUGAGAGACUCAUGCAGGAAUAUAUACCAGACCUAUACACCCAUUUCCUAAAUGUGGGUCUGGAGGCUCACAUGUACGCCUCUCAGUGGUUCCUCACCCUUUUCACAGCCAAGUUCCCUCUCUAUAUGGUCUUCCAUAUCAUUGACCUGCUACUGUGUGAGGGCAUCAGUGUGAUCUUCAAUGUAGCCUUGGCACUUCUGAAGACAUCAAAAGAUGAUCUGAUCCAAACAGACUUCGAGGGAGCCCUCAAAUUCUUUCGUGUGCCGGUUCCUAAAAGGUAUCGCUCUGAGGAGAAUGCAAAGAAACUGAUGGAGCUGGCCUGUAGCAUGAAGAUCAGUCAGAAGAAGCUGAAGAAAUUUGAGAAGGAGUACCACACGAUAAGGGAGCAGCAGGAGCAACAGGAGGCCCCUAUUGAGAGAUAUGAGCGGGAGAACCGUCGGUUGCAAGAGGCGAACAUGCGUCUGGAGCAGGAGAAUGACGACCUGGCACACGAACUGGUCAGCAGCAAGAUAGCACUGCGCAAAGACCUCGACAACGCUGAGGAGAAGGCAGACGCUUUGAAUAAAGAGUUACUGCUGACCAAACAGAAACUGGUGGACUCUGAGGACGAGAAGAGGCGACUGGAGGAAGAGUCUGCACAGCUGAAGGAGAUGUGCCGACGAGAGCUUGAUAAGUCAGAAUCAGAGAUAAAGAAGAACGGGUCCAUUAUUGGAGAAUAUAAGCAGAUCUGCUCCCAGCUGAGUGAACGACUGGAGAAACAGCAGACGGCCAACCGAGGAGAACUGGAGAAAAUCAGGUCCAAAGUGGAGGGCUGUGAGAAGUGCAGCAGUCUUUUCAAUAAAGAGGGACGUGUGAGGGCUGCCGUGACCUCGGCGCCCGCUGGGGCCAACGAGGAGACGGAUGAGGAGAAGGAGGGUUUGAAGAAUCAGCUGAGGGAGAUGGAGCUGGAGCUAGCUCAGACCAAACUGCAGCUGGUGGAGGCUGAGUGCAAAAUCCAGGAUCUGGAGCAUCAUCUGGGUCUGGCCCUGAACGAAGUGCAGGCUGCCAAGAAGACCUGGUUCAACCGAACGCUCAGCUCCAUCAAGACUGUCACUGGGACCCAGGGAAAAGAGACCACCUAACCUGAUAACUCCAUCAUACCUUUUAACCCAGACCGUGUUUGGAGUUCACACUGAAACCUCUGGAUGUCUAACUUACCCAGAGGGCCAUAACUUUAACUCAAACAGUGACUACAGACUGUGUUCCUCUUCUUUAAAAUGUCCUCAUGUUUCUGCGCUCUAAUCAGCUCCAUUUAUUCCUCCUCUCCUCCACCCCGAAUGACUACAGCCGCCCGUGCUGAUGAGAAGGGGUUGAAAAACUUGGUGGAAGUACAACGGUACCACUUUCCCCCAGAGGAACACUGUGCUUCCACUGGUUACAAAAGCAUUAUAAAAAAGCUUCAUUUAUCUGUCUUUGUACUGCUGAUGUUAAAGCCCCGCAGAAGGAAGGUAGGACAUCUGAACUGUGUCUGUCCUGAUGGGACAGAGAAGAAAACACUCCGUCCUUCCUUACUUUCUGCUCGCUGCCCUCUAAACUACUGGCACAAACCAACCAGUCCCUGUACAAUGUUCGGUUUUAGGUACGAGAGUAUAGACGCCUUUUCAAAACUGAGCUUUUUCUAAUUUACGUUGAACGAAACCUUUUUUUCUUUUUUUCUAUGAAUGUGCUUCUGUAAAGAGGAUAUGUGCGUGUAUGUACGUGUGCAUGUUUUUUGUUUUGUGUUGACUGUGAUGUGAGUGCGAGAGUGAGAAAAAUGUGUGUGGAUGCAUAAAUAACUGACUGAAAUAUUAUGUGUGUAUAAAGGAAAGAGGGAGAGAGUUUGGAAGUCCAAGGGAAGAAAAAAAGCACUAUGGAUCUGAGUGUGUGCAUGCAUGUCAGGGAAUAUCUCCUGGUUGUCUCCUUUAAUGUUGAAAUGUGUAUAUGAAUGAUGCUAAAGAACAGUUUGCUGACAAAGCCUUGGUCUAAAGGUUGAUAAAGAUGGAUAUGAAUAUAUCAUUUACAGUAGGAAAAAGUCUGAAAGCAUUACAGCCGUUGUGAUUUACAAAUUUCCAGCGUUGUUUGAUGUUUGUUCGGUUUGGAUCCCCCAGCACAAAACCUUAAAAAAGCUCCAAACCGCACAAACCUCUGCACACAGUAUGUGUAUGUAUGUCAGGAGGACGCUGUUGAACCCCAGAGUGGUGCAACGUAGUUACAAAGCAUAAACAAACUCUUAGGUGAAGGGAAUGGAAAACAAACAGAUAAAUGCAGAGCAUUGGAAUUACUACUGCACUUAAAGUCACCUUUUCUCCUUUCACCUUCUCCUUCUGGCGCCGGACUCCUCCACUCCUUUGACCACUGACAGGGUCGUGUUAAGUAUAGUCUUGUGAAGUGUGACAUUUGGGAGCUCUUUUACCACUACACACGGACAAACACUCUGAAAUACACUGUUAAUCUUUAAAAAAAGGCAGGUACAAAACAAACACUCACUGGCCACUUUAUUAGGAACACCUGCAUGUUGAAGCCAACACCAGUGACCUUUAACAAGGCACAAAAAGGUCUAUUACUUUCUCAUACAACUAAAGUCACAGAUGGAUGUUAAGUAUUGGUGUGGACCAGUGGUUUGCAACUGAUGGGUCAGGACCGUGAAAUGGGUUGCAGGGCUGUUUUUAGUGGGUCAUGAAUAUGUUCCUUAGUAAACAUACAUUGAUAGGUUUUAUAUCACUUCGUUGUACGUCAAUAAUGAGUACAUUUCAAUGUUUUCUCCAUAUUUUAACUCAUUUAUCUCAUUUCCCUGGGAAAUCAAAGCUGUUUUUCCCAUGAUAGUGCAGAAUCUCCUGAAAAAUGACCAAAAAUGUACAAGUUAUCACAGGAAAUUGAGUUAAAUAUGUCUCUUUGUAUAUUUUGUUCCAUCUAAGGUCCAAACAGGCACCUUUUUUUCAGACAUUUAGGUCACAACGGGUCAUUAAAAGACUGGUGGGUCAUGUGGCUACACCAGUUGAAAACCACUGAUGUAGAUGAAUAAGGCAUCUUUAUGCAGGUUGAGGAGAAAUAGAAAUAAAAGAAUGUACAUUGAUUUAACAGAAAGGCCUAGAGACUGGGUAUGAAUUGCACACUAUCUCAUGGUAUAUUAAUGUUAUCUUCGGCAUUGAGCUUUAUUGUUUCUGCUGGCCAACAGGAGGACUCCACUGGUUGCAAAUUAAGUCCUAUUGUUGUCAGCUAAAAUGAAAAACAAAAACAAAAAACAACUCAUUGCUCACUUGAUUGACAUUUUUCUCAAAUGCUUGUUGUAGUUAAAGAUAGGGAUGCUGUGAAUAGGUUAAUGGGUGUAGAAAUGGAUGGGAAAUAGGGACGUUCCCAAGCAACUCAUGUCAAACACUAUUAAAUAUGAAUUUAAAUUCAGACUAACAAAAUUGUCUUUAGUUCGGUUUUUAGAGUGUGGCAGUGCUGUCAUCUUGAGCCUUCAGUUCUCCUUGCAGGUUAACACCCUCAUACCUGUGCUAAAUAUAGUUAGGACCAGUGUCCAGUCAUUAGUGUUUGCUCAUUUUCGUACAAAUCCAAGGUAGAAGACCGUUUUCAGUACUCACCGUCAGGUUUUUAUCACAGUGCUCACAGCUUUCAGUUGACUGUCAGAACAGUGCCACACUUUUCCUUCACUGGCCAAUCAAAAUCGACAAGGGGGCGGGACUUAUGACACUAGCUUUGUCAACAGCAAUGGUGGAGGAGAAUGUUAUUCAACUCAUCUUUUCAAGAGUAAAGUUACGAGGUCUGCAGCUGCUGCAGAUACCAGAACAGGAUUCCUUUGCAUUGUUUUCACUAUUUUUUGAUAUACAUAUAAAUGGAAAUAUUAAGCACACUGAGGUAAUUAAAAUGAUGUUAUGGAUAGUUGGCUACCCCACAGGAAAGCAGAAGUCAACAUUUGUAAUCUAGUCACUGAGAAGUGCCUCCAGAGCAAAGGUUGUGGCUGCUGCCAGUGCAAAAAAAAUGGUGACUGUGGACACAGGCCCUUAUGCAUUAUCCUGUCUGCAUACUUUAUUUUCUAAAUUAUAGAUACUGCCACUCAGUGCUGCUGUCUAUGCUUGCUAUACUAUGGCUGUAUGGUUACAUGUUUGACUUGAUGUUUGACAAACAUGGAGGGUCAACAUAUAAAAAUAUUAGUAAUAUGUUUGUUCAUUAAUACAGGUUCCGAUCAGUGCGGGAAAAACAUUAAAUAAUCUACUGAAUGCACACAUCCUGAUUUAAAAUCUGCCUUAAAACUAUAUGAUUUUAAUUUUGUUAAUAAUGGCCCCAUUUUCAAGUAAAUUUAACGUGGAAGGCAGUGUAUGCUAAUGAGUUGGUGAGUCCUAAAAAGAGGACUGAAUAGCUGAUAAAACAAUUUGUUCCUACCCCAGACCUCAUUUUUCAAACUUUUUUGGCUUUUUGUUUACCAAAAUAAACAAGAUGAUGAUCAAAAAGCUUUAGGCUUUAAAAUUGAGUUCAUAAUUUUGGGAUGACAGAGCAUGGCCAUAAACUGUAUGAAACAUGGACGUCGUCUCAGUGAUGUCACCCAUUGGUGUCAGAUGCACAGAUUUAAGGCCCAUCAAGAGUGAGCCUUAAUAUGAUCAAAAUGGAUCAGUGCUUAAAAAAAAUUCUCCUUCUCCAGGUUGUUAAAUGUUUAUUUCUCCUGUUAAAAUGGGCAUUUUAAAAAAAAGGGUGUCAAUGGAGCUUUUGGGGACAGCCUUUACCACAGGAACUGCAGGAAUUUGCACUUCCUCAUUUAUUUUGACCCUUGAUUGAAGUGUAGAUGAUGAAGAAAUGGUAAGCAGGAGUGAGCUCAUUCAAACUGGUUUAUUUGUAAGGGUUAAUGUAGCAUUAUAGCAUCUGCUGUCACAUUAACAGGAUUUCUUUGGAUAACACCAGGGCUUUUUAAAGACACCAGACUGCCUCAGAGAACAAAAACAUUCUUGCUGUCGAGGUGCAUCUCCUCCUGGCUGCGUGACAAAGUGCACAUCACUUAAAGGUGGAUCCAGCAACAUGACAUAAAGUUGUGUUUUUUCUGGCUGUGUGCACUCGACUAUAGCAGAGCACCUUAGGGACAGGGAACAUCACGAUAAACAACACAAGCUUCCAAAAAAUCUGCAGGAUUUAAUAAUCACACUCUUAAAAAAUCAAACACUUGGAUAUUUUUUUUUUUAUUAAGCAGACGUUUGAUAAUAAAGUGGCCUUUGAGUGAACAUACAGCUGUGUUUGAAGGCGCAAAAGUCACUCUCAUAAAGCACCCAGUCAACUGACAGAAGUGUAACUCUGCACUCAAAGAGAGGAUCAAUAUCACCACAGUUACCCUGUUUGAGUGAUGUCACCAAAGGUCAGGCCAAGGGUCAAACUUGUAAGUGGUGUAAAUCACGCCACAGGGGAUCGAGAUGUUAAAAUAAAAAGUGCUUACUGGUGUAUGUGGCUGUUUUCAUGUUUAGCUGAGCUGACGGGGUUCAACAUUAUUCCAGUUCAAACUCGUAUUUUACUCCUCAUAUUAAACUGUAAGAGAGAAACUGACUCAGUCUAACAGGAACUGUUGCUGUAAAUUGCAUCAAACUUGAAGGUUGAAUCUGAUUGGCUGGAAUCUCCUUGUGAUGUCAGAGGUAAAGUCCAGAUGAGGUCUAAAGGCCACUCCUGUAAAGGCACUGGGUUGUAAAUAACAAACAUGAAGACAUGAUUAUUGAGUUUUUGUUUAUGAUUUUUCUACUCUGUAACUCAAACUAAUGUUGCCUACCUGUACCUACCUACCUGCUGCCAUGCUACAGUUUAAUCCAUGACAACGUUUUAUGUUUUUAAUGUUCCUUUUUUUUUUUUGUUUCGCUCUGAGCUUCUCAGUCAGACUGCUGUUUCGUUUAUUAAAUGCCAAAACGUAGCUUUAUCAUCCAACAAGAAAAACAUUAUCAACGUGUGGGAAUUGUAAUAGUGUAGGAUGCAUUGUGUAUACUUCAUGAAUUUCAAUAUAAAGAUAUCAA